GUGCAUCUCGCCGCGGGCCGAGCAGAUUGCGUGAAGAGAAUGUAGUACCUGCGCCUAUAUCCGCCGUCUCUGCACAGCGGCAGGGCCGUCUUACUGUCCAGUGUUUAUCCCCUAGCUCCCACUGUCUAGCAUUCCAAGGUUGUACCUUGCAUUCGACUACUACUGCUGCUGCAUUUACGAAGCAAUACUUAUUCUAUCUUUGAGGCCUCUUCCCUACCGUUAUGGCUCGCCUGGCAGCAUAUGCGGUGGUCAGCGGACUGUUCGCAUGUGUGUCUGGUCUGAUGGAGUUCAUCAACCCACCGCCUUUCGGGACGAUUGGCGACAUGAGUGGCAGCCCAAAGUACGAGAUAGGUGACACGGUGAACGUUGUCUGGACUCCCGGUGAGAAAGGAGGCGCUGUGUCGUUAUGUCUCUACCAACAGAACGAAACGGACGGGAUGUGGUUUGGAGAUAUGGAGUACCUCACGCAGAACGCGCUAGACAUUACGAAAUACAACUGGCUAGUUGGAACGAGGAAAAACCUCACGCUAUCGAGACUCUUCUAUCUCAGCGUCUUCCAAGAGGGCAAAGGUCCCUCGGACUCGAACAGUCACUACUUCUAUAUCGAAGAAAGUCGUGUUGAAGAAGCUGCCCCAUCGUCGUCUUCAUCCAUCUCUUCCGCGUCAGCAUCAGCAACAGACCAGACAUCAACAGGAGUAACGACUACAAUACCGACUCCAACAUCGAUUGGCUCAAAUACCCCCAGCGACGAAUCAAGUGCACCAUCAGCGAGCUUUCCAGCCGGCGACGCUACAGGCGCGCCAAGUCUCACCGACCAAGAAGCCUCAUCAGAAAGUUUCCCUUUGGGCGCUAAGAUCGGUCUCGGCGUAGGAAUACCCGUCGCACUUAUACUCGGGCUCGUGGUGGGAUGGCUGCUGUUCCGUCGUCACAAGAAGAGAGAUGUUGUCCACGAACUACCCGUUGUUCAAACUGAACAGUACAAGUACUAUCACAGUGGGAGUCAUUACGGUUCGAAUCUGAACGAAGCGCCGCCAAGGUCACCAGCGGAGAUGAGCCAAACCCCAUAUAUUCAAGGUUACAAGGGAUGGGGAGGCCAACCACAGGAAAAUCCCAAGGCCUCACCUACGCCUGCGACUAUACCUGUAAGGUUUGAGAUGUGAACUGGCAUCACUAUCACCCAUCAUGGUAUAUUCGACGGUGCUCGGGAAAGAUAAAGAGGGAAGGAGUAAUAAACUAAGGGAUGAGGACGUGCGAUAUGUAAUACCCAAGGACGAGGCAGAAGGUCAUUGGAUCUGUGCUUAUGCAUGGAAGGAAUCGACAAUGAUAAGAUAUUACUUAAGGUCGCUGAUUUCUGCUAAAGUUCAUGUGCCAAUGCACC